AUGGAUAUUCAAACCAGCAUGGAUGAAAAUCAAUAUAAUGAUACAAAUGAAAACCCACAAUUUUCAACUCAAUAUCCCAAUUUUGAUGAUCAAUUUCCUGUGUCAAAUACUCCAUUGGAACCCAACUCCAAAAGAUUAAGAGGUGGAAACUUUACUGUGGAAGAGGAUCUUCUCAUUGUGUCUGCGUGGCUUAAUGUUAGUUUGGAUGCACUACAUGGAAAUGAACAUAAACAAAAGGCUUUUUGGACUCGAUUGUGGGAAUACUUUCACAAGUACAAGAAAUUUGCAUCUACACGAACACAAGUUUCUUUGAUGAACCGUUGGUCAACCAUUCAAUUGGCUACAAAUAAAUUUUGUGGAUGCUAUGCCCAGAUUGAAUCUAGAAACCAAAGUGGUGUUAACGAGCAAGAUAAGCCAAAGUGGUUGGAAGAUUGCCAAAAUAAAAAAUCGAUAAGAAAUAAAACCGUAAGUUCUUCCUCUGAUUUCACCUUUGGUAACACACAAGAGACUCAUGUGGAUCUUCCAAAUUCUAACUCUGUGGACUUGGAAAGACCACCUGGAAGAAAGGCCGAAAAAGAUCGAAAGAAGAUGAAGGAUAAAGAUACUAGAAAUGACUCAUCAAGUGCAUGUGUGACUUUGUUACAAGCAAUGAGAGAAGAAAAGAAACAAUUCAAUGAGAAGAAAAUAGAAAUGUUUGAAAGACAAUAUGCUCAAGAACAAGAGAGACUUGCCUAUGAGCAAGAAAAGCUUCGAUUGGAACAAAUGAAAGAGGAUGAAAGAAUAAUGAUGAUAGAUACAACUGGAAUGCCUCAAAUGCUUGCAGAUUUUUAUAUGCAACGUCAAAAGGAAAUUCUUGCAAAAAGAACUGUAGGGCGUUGA